GGAAGGUCAUUGUUAACUGGGGUGGAGGUAGAAGUAGGCAAGACAGCAUGGCUGGAUUUCAUGCUUGCAACGUUCUGGUGACUGGGGCCAAUCGUGGACUUGGCUUGGAGCUCGUCAAGCAGUUUCUGGAAAAAUCAAACCCGCCUGAAAGAGUCUUUGCAGCCUGUCGGAACCCAGAGGGAGCACAGGAAUUGAAGUAUUUGGCCUCCAAGCAUCCAAACCUGGUGAUCAUCCUACUAGACGUUACUAACCUGGCGAGCAUUGAGGCUGCAGUAGCCAGAGUUGAGGAGAAUCUGAAGGGCUCUGGGCUGAACUUGCUGAUAAACAAUGCUGCAAUUCUGAGGCUGACUACACUCGAGUCAGAGACAAGGGAGAACAUGUCUGCGGUAUACACAACAAAUGUGACUGGACCUCUGCUGGUGAGCCAGGCGUUCCUGCCCUUGCUAAAGAAAGCUGCUCAGCAAAGCACCCAGAAAGGACUGAGCUGCAGCAGGGCAGCCAUUGUCAACAUGUCCAGUGAAGCUGGUUCCAUCAAGAAUCUUUUGAUCUGGGAUUUUGGGCAUUUCAUCUCUUAUCGCUGCAGUAAGGCUGCUCUGAACAUGCUCACCAAGUGCCAGUCUUUGUGCUAUGCAGAACAGGGGAUCCUGACCAUCACUUUCCAUCCUGGCUGGGUGAAAACUGACAUGGGGUCCUCAAUCUCUGACCAGGCUCCACUAACACCAGAUGAGAGUGUGCGAGGUAUUUUGAACACCCUCCCCAUGCUCUCUGAGAAGGACAAUGGAGCCUUUGUGGACUGGAAAGGGAAUCAUCUUCCUUGGUGAAAUGCCUGCCCAGCCAUUGGCCAGGAGCCCUGCACCAGGACAUUCAAGUGCCUGGGCUGUCAGCAGUACUUGUCUCCUCAAUAAACUUACUGUUCCUAAUGUAA